AUGUCUACAUGGCUCAACUCCCUAGUUUCAUUGAUCCCACUCGUCCUUCUCAUGUUUGCAAGCUCCAUAAAGCAUUCUAUGGCCUCAAACAAGCACCUCGUGCUUGGCUCUAUCGCAUUAGCCUCCCAUACUAUCUUUCUUCUUCUAUAUGUCGACGACAUCAUGGUGGCCACUUUGACACCAAAGACCUUGGUUCUCCUCUAUGUCUCUAAUGGUGCUCUAAUCUCCAACCCAACCGAGUAUUGCAAGCUUGUUGUUCAUAAGUGCCCCUCGCACCUCUCACCUUGUUGCUCCAAACGGAUACUAAGGUACAUCAAGGGCACUAUUGAUCUCGGCCUCACCUUCACUCCUCAAACUGCUACAGCUCACCUCUUCCCCUACUCUGAUGCAAACUGGGUUGGGUGCCUUGAUUCUCGUUGGUCAACCACUGGAUAUGUGAUUACUCUUGGAACUACCUCAUCUCAUAGUGUUCCAAGAAACAAUCCACAGUCUCGCACUCUAGUACAGAAUCGAAAUUUCGUGCCCUCUCUCAUGCUUGUGCCGAAACCACUUGGCUCCGUUCCUUUCUUCAUGAAUUGGGUGUGUGUCUUUGGUUUCCGGUCCAACUCUUUUGUGACAAUCUCAGCACCACGUACAUGGCUGCCAAUCCAGUUUUCCAUGCCCGCACAUGUCACAUUGAGUUAG